ACUGCAGUGUAACAACUUGAUCAGCUGCAUUGAGAUUCGUGGACGUGGUAUACGUAAGUUUGUGAGCUUCUCUAGACUAGCUUGAAGAUAUUGAGUCUAUACGUAAUGGGUCAGUGAGGGUGUAGUUACAUAGCUCUCUAGCUAAGCACAUGGAGUUUAUGCAAGAAAUGAACUGUGCUUAAUUAAUCCUCUAAUCAACCUUAAUUUCUAGGCAGACUUGAAAAAUGGGAAACAGGCAUUCGAUUGGUGAGGAAUUCGAGGAUUACGAUAUUGUAAUUGAUAUCCAAUCAUUAAAAGAUGCUGGACAUGGUUGGCCCAUCAUGGUAUCACCCUCAGCAUUAAUGGCGGUCAAGGAGAAGCUCAAGCAACAUACAGAUGAACGUGCGCGUGCAAUAGGAGGUGAAGACAAAAAUGAUACACAGCCAUGUAGCCGCCGAGAAAUUGUGGUCAGUUCUGUUGGAUACUUCAACAAGGGCAAGACUUUUGUAAUCAACAAGACAGCAUCAUUAAACCUUCCUUCUGCGAGAGAGCUACAUACUCGAGGGCUCAGCUUUGUACUUCCACGUGAUGAAAGACAAAAUUGGAUUUUCUUGGACACAGCUGGGACGAAUUCUCCAGUUCUCGAUGCCUCAGACUAUGAGAUGAUUGAUAAACGCUCCACUGAGCUAUUUCUUCAGAAGCUGGUUGUCACACUCAGUGAUGUUCUCAUAGUUGUGGUAAACGAGUUGACAUGGUCCGACCAAGAACUUAUACAUGCUCUUCAAGACUCUGUCAAGGGCACCAAAAGAAAGAUAAUUGUUGUACACAAUUUUAGAGGAGUUAAAGACCGUACAGUUCUUAUAGAUUUAUGGAAGCAAUAUAUUCGUUUACCUCACAAGGGAGUGUCCAAAUCAUAUUAUUGUCCCAGUUCAAAUGCAACGUGUGAUUCAAAGCAAGUUCUCUCUUUUGUGGAGGAAAGAACUGAAUCGCCAACAGAGCAUGUGUUUCUUGCUGAAAAUGAGUCAGCAGCAGGAAGAGAAUUUAAUGAUCUCACCUUUAACCAUAUUAGAAUGAUACUGAGUCAAGUAGAGCCAACACAGGAAGGAACCAUUCUACAACGGCUGGAGUAUUGGGCAACGCUGUCUAUCAAACAGUACCUGAAGAAUCCCGGAAAUGUUGUAAUAAGGGACGUUGCAGCUGAUUUAGAUUUAGUUGAAGAUCACCGCAGAGCCAAGCUGCAAGUAGUGCGAUCAUCUGACUGGAUUACUUGUGCAGCAGAGAAAGAUGAGUGGAGUUUGGACCGUGAGAAAGCACUCGAGGAAAGACGUAAACAAGCCCAAAGUCUAACAGAGAAUGCUCUUGCUACACUCAUGGUGGAAGGGAAUGACGAUGACGUUUCCUUAGGAAACACAGGUAUCACUUUUGAUGGAUUUAGGAUUCUACUGUCUCCUCCUGGAAAAAAGGGAGCGUUUACUCCUCAGUAUGAUGUUGUUGAGGACGAUUAUGGUCUUCACGUUAUUAUUGAUUUGAGUGGUACAGAAGGAAAGGCUGCAGUCAGGACCGAGUUUCACGUUGGCACCCAAAUGGGAAGAGUUGCAACCGACAGAGAAAUGAAAAUACAUUACUUGGAGAUAGAAGGUGAACGAGAGUUGUGGUACAACAAGCUUGAGAUCUCAAAACCUCUAAAUGAUGGCUCUUGCUCUAUUGAGCCUGUCUACGAAACAGUAAAAAUGAAUUUGUCGAGGGACUUUUCAAAGUUUGAAAACCCAAGGAAGGCUGGCGCAUUCAAAGUAGCCGUUCCUGUUGAUCCAAACAAACAUGACACUGAACAGAAGCCAAUAAUUACAGCUUGCUCUGGAAUUGUUCAAGUUUCUGUUGCUAAGAGACACCAACAUGAGCCAGCACAAAUAACCAAGCGUCGUCCUAAAUCCAGAGCUAGUUAAGACACCUUUAGAACAAAUUAGUUUGGACUUUUUCCAUCUAGACUGCCAAUUCUAUAUUAAAUCAACUUUUGUGUUCGAUCUAGCUGGUACAUAAAUUUGCUGUUAAUUAAAAUAUUUCUGUUUGCAUUGGCGUAUGGAGUUCUGAGAAUGGAAACACUGUAAAAACCGGAAUCUUUAAACUCUUCGGUUUAUUUAUUAAUUAAUUAAUUA